UCACAACGUAAAAUAAAUAUUUAUCAUGUAAGGGAGCGCACGAGCACAACUCUUUGUUUGUUAUUCGUUACAAAAUUUUGGCCCUGCUUCUAAAACUCUUAAAACGAGGCUUAUUGUACUGAAACAAUCAGCAGGGAGGAAUAAAUUUCUCUCACGUGAUGUGUCUUUGUCGUAAACACGUUCUUCUGCCAAAGAGGAAAGACAGAAGUAUCACUUUAAUUAAAAGAGACAGUCUGGAGAAACAGGUUUGGGUUAACCACAGUUUUACUUGGAACAAAGUAAUUAUCUUUCAGUUAGACACGUGAUCAGUGAAUGAGGAUUACUUCACAACAGCGAAUAGGCUAACAAAUAUGUUCGAAGACCGUUUUGCUAACGUUCCCAUUAAGUUAUAAAACGUUCAAAACUUUUUUGCGACAAUUAUGCGAACAUAAAACAUCGGAACGUUACUUUUGAAUGUUCCCUGAACGUCUUAAAACAAGUAGUAACAUUUAAAAAUGUUAUAUGAACGUCCAUCUAAAACAUUUCAGGAAAAAUUAAAUUAACGUUUUUGUGCUAACGUUUUGAGAACAUUAUUAAAGACCAGAUAACUUUGAACCAACGUUACUGGAAGAACGUUUGUUCAUAACUUGUUUAUGAAUGAUUCGUUCAUUUUGUGCCAGUCACGUGACAACUGAACAAAAUGACUCGAGAAUCGAGAGGCGAACUAAUCGUUUCUGUUUCUUAUAAAUUAUAUUUGGCUGCACUGUAUGAUUUUCCUCAUUCAGAAUAUAAUUGCGUAUGAUGAUGGAUUCGGGGAAUUUGGCUAUUAAAAAGCUUACAUUUUAAUUAGCUGUAUAUCCAACUUUAUACAGAGCUGUGCGAAAAUAUAGUUUAUAUAUACUUAUAUAUCCAACUUUAUAUAAAGAAAUAUUCAUGUGUCUCUCCACUGAAAAUCAUGUUAUUAAAGUCUGGUGUUGAAUAUCGUCACUGCCUCCAGGUGGCGUCAUUGAGCUAAUUCAACCAGAUUCUCCACUGGAGUGAAACCUGAUGUAGAUUCUGUUCAGAAUUGCAUACUUACAUUAGUCAUGCUGUUUCUGCAGUAUGUGCUCUGUAUUUUAUGUAUAAUUGGAUAAUCUACAACAUUUGAAAAAAAAAAAAAAAACAACUGAAUGGAAUACUGUAUGCUACAAUAAAAUGUGCAGCUUUAGUUUGUUGCAUAUAACUGCUGUUUGUGUGCAGAAUAUAGUUUUUUGUUACUCUUAUGCAUAUUUUUUGUAUAGCCAUUAGUUGUGUUGGCUCAGACCACAAGCAGUUCUGUCUUUGCAAGGUUGAGAUGAAGGUGGUGGUUCUUCAUCCAGCAAGAAACAUCUGUCAGCCAGGCUGAGAUGCGAGCAGCUACUGUCAGAUCAUCUGGAUGGAAUGAGAGGUAGAGUUGUGUGUCUUCAGCAUAGCAGUGAUAGGAAAAACCAUGUUUCAGAAUGACAGAUCCUAGUGAUGACAUGUAGAUGGAGAAGAGAAGCGGUCCAAGCACCGAGCCCUGAGGCACUCCAGUAGCUAGAUGUUGCAACUUAGACACCUCGCCCCUCCAAGACACCCUGAAGAACCUACCUGAGAGAAAAUGGCCAAUGGUUCCUCUAGAUAAGACUCUUAUUCCUCGUCUGGGAUCAUGUAGAGCUCUUUGAAGCUGCACUGAAACUGACAUUUGGACCUUCAACCCGUUGAACCCCAGUGAAGUCCACUAUAUGGAGAAAAAUCCUGGAAUGUUUUCCUCAAAAACCUUAAUUUCUUUUCAACUGACAUAAACAUCUUGGAUGACAUGGGGAAUCCCUCUCGCUGUUCGGCGAUCGUCGGGUGUCUCCGCCCACGGGAGCGCGCGCCGCGGAAUGCUGCUCUGAUUCCAGCGCGGUGGAAAAAAGUUUCUCAGAGAUGGAGCGGAUGGGAUCUGAGCCAUAACAAGUUACGCACAUUUCCUGAAGCGCUGUUGGCCAGCCUGCCGCACCUCAGCGAAAUAAAACUGAGUAACAACGAAUUCGAGUCGAUCCCGGAUUUGGGCCCAAACGCUGGGAACCUCAGCAGUCUGAUUCUAGCAAACAACAAAAUCUCGAGGAUAUCGUCAGAGCGGCUCAGUUCGCUGGUCGCCCUGGAGACGCUGGACCUUAGCAACAACAAUAUUGUGGAGGUUCGGGCCGGGGCUUUUCCUCCACUUCCUCUGAAAAACCUGUUGAUGAAUAACAACCGUAUUUCCACGCUGGAGCACGGCUGCUUCAGUAAUCUGUCCAGCUCGCUGCUGGUGUUAAAACUCAACAAAAACCGCCUGAGCUCCAUCCCGCCCAAGAUCUUCCCGCUGCCCCACCUGCAGCACCUGGAGCUGAGCAGGAACCGCGUGAGGCGCAUCGAGGGUCUGACGUUCCACGGGCUGCACGGCCUGCGCUCGCUGAAGAUCCAGAGGAACGGUGUCACGCGCCUCAUGGAUGGGGCUUUCUGGGGUCUGAACAACAUGGAAGUGCUACAGCUGGAGUACAAUAACCUGACGGAGGUGAGUAAAGGCUGGCUCUACGGGCUCCUGACGCUGCAGCAGCUGCAUCUGUCGCACAACGCCAUCAGCCGCAUCAAAGCCGACGCGUGGGAGUUCUGCCAGAAACUCGCUGAGCUUGAUCUGAACUGGAACCAGCUGACCCGUUUGGAGGAAGCCAGUUUCGUUGGACUCAGUGUCCUCGAGCAGCUCCACAUCGGAAACAACCGCAUCAGUUUCAUCGCCGACGGAGCGUUUCGAGGCCUCGCCAACCUGCAGACGCUAGAUCUGAAGUGUAACGAGAUCUCAUGGACCAUCGAGGACAUGAACGGCCCUUUCUCUGCUCUGGACAAUCUGAGGAAACUGUUCCUCCAAGGGAAUCGCAUCCGGUCGGUCACCAGAAAGUCUUUCACAGGCCUGGACAUGCUGGAGCAGCUGGAUUUGAGCAACAACGCCAUCAUGUCGGUGCAGGCCAAUGCGUUCUCUCAGAUGAAGAAGCUGACGGAGCUGCACCUGAACACGUCCAGCCUGCUGUGCGACUGCCAGCUCAAGUGGUUUUCUCCGUGGGUGGCAGAACAUGCUUUCCUUCCACUGGUGAACGCCAGCUGCGCCCAUCCACAUCUGCUGAAGGGCAAGAGCGUCUUCGCCGUCGCCCAGGAUGAGUUUGUGUGCGAUGAUUUCCCCAAACCCCAGAUCACCGUGCAGCCCGAGACACAAUCAGCCAUCAAAGGCACCAACGUGACGUUCGUCUGCUCGGCGGCCAGUUCCAGCGACUCCCCGAUGACCUUCGCCUGGAAGAAAGACAACGAGGUCCUGAACGACGCAGAGAUCCAUAACCAGGCGCACCUGCGGUCUCAGGUCAGCGAGGUGACGGAGUACACCACCACACUGCAGCUGCGCCACGUGGACUUCUCCAGCGAGGGCAAGUACCAGUGCGUCAUCUCCAACCACUUCGGCUCCUCGUACUCCAGCAAAGCCAAGCUGACCGUCAACAUGUUGCCGUACUUCACCAAAAUGCCCAUGGAUCUGACGAUACGUGCUGGAGCCACAGCCCGACUGGAGUGCGCCGCUAGCGGACAUCCGUCCCCUCAGAUCGCCUGGCAGAAGGACGGAGGGACGGACUUCCCAGCGGCCCGCGAGCGGCGCAUGCACGUCAUGCCGAGAGACGAUGUGUUCUUCAUCGUGGACGUGAAGACGGAAGACAUUGGCGUGUACAGCUGCACUGCACAAAACACGGCCGGGUCCAUCUCGGCUAACGCUACACUAACGGUGUUGGAAACACCGUCGUUCCUGCGUCCGCUGAUGGACCGUACGGUGGCGAAGGGCGAGACGGCGGUGCUGCAGUGUAUCGCCGGCGGGAGUCCUCCUCCCCGACUCAACUGGACCAAAGAUGACAACCCGCUAGUCGUGACCGAGCGACACUUCUUCGCUGCCGGGAACCAGCUGCUGAUCAUCGUGGAUGCCGCCGAGGGAGACGCGGGAACCUACACGUGCGAGAUGUCCAACCCGCUGGGCACGGAGCGUGGGAACGUGCGUCUGGCCAUCCUUCCCAACCCCAACUGUGACUCGGGCCCGGCGGGCGGCGUGGCGAUGGGGUCUCCGUCGGGCAGAGGGCCAGAGGAGGACGGAUGGACCACGGUGGGCAUUGUGAUCAUCGCGGUGGUGUGCUGCGUGGUGGGAACGUCUCUAGUGUGGGUGGUGAUCAUCUAUCACACGCGCCGUCGCAACGAGGACUGCAGCGUCACCAACACAGAUGAGACGAAUCUACCGGCGGACAUCCCGAGCUAUCUGUCGUCUCAGGGGACGCUAGCGGAGCGUCAGGACGGGUAUAUCGCGUCUGAGAGCGGGAGCAGCCAUCAGUACAUCAGCUCCUCCAUGGGGGGAUUCUACAUGCCACCCAAAGACAUGAACAGCCUUUGCCAACUGGACACAGGAAGUGAAGCGGACAUGGAGGCGGCGAUCGACCCGCUGCUCUGCCAUUAUCAGGGUCCGGUCGGCUCUCUGCUGAGACGGAGCAACCGGUACAGCCCGGAUCUGCCCGACACCUUCACAGUCUGUCCGUCAGAGCAGCGGCCCGACUCGUACGCCAGGAAGAGGGAGUUCUACACCUGCAGCUCCGCCCUCGAACCCUUCGAUCACAUGAUGAUGCAGCUGCCCGCCGAGACUUCCUGUGUGGAGGACUGUGAGCGAGGAGAGUGCGUUCUGGGCUCCUCGGGGUCAUAUAUGGGUACGUUCGGGAAGGCGCCGUGGCGGCCGCAGCAGGAGCUGUGCUCUCAUAACGGAGUCAUUCUUCACGAGAAUCCGUACGCAGCGCUUCACGCCGACUCGGACCUCGAGGUGAUGGAGCCGGACACCGGCGUGUAUGAGCAGCCCUUCGAUAACAGGACGAUAGAGAGCUUUCCCGCCUCACCGCUGGGCUCGUAGCGGCACGAUCAUGUGACUUUACCAAGAGUUUCGUUCCUUCGAAACUAGAAACGUUCUACCUCAGAAAGAGCUCCGGCUGAAUGUAAAUGAAACGCUUGUACAGAAAAACAGAAUAUAUGCCUUUUAUACAAAAAUAUAUUUUGUAAAUUAAUAGUGUAAUUUUUUUUUCUACUCUUUUUCUCUAAAUGUACGGAGCCCCUAAAGGGACAUGGUGAUGGAAAAGUGUUUCUCUGAGGAACGCAGAAGCAUUGAAAUAUAUUUUUCCCUCCCAUCUCAUGUUUUGUCCAUCGCCGUGUCCCUUUAGGGACUCCGUAGUAAAUGUACUAUGCCUGUUCGGUGCAGACGUGAGUCAGAUAUAUGACUGAUACGGACAAUCAGCGUGACUGAUGGGAGGAGUUAACCUGAGUGACAGUUCAUGUGUGAUUCUGUUUGAUCAGGUGAUUAUGAUGUUUAUUCAGCUUUGGAUAAAACACCCGUUUGCACAAACUAGAACACAAUAAACACAUUCCCAUGAGCUGCUA